UUGCAUUGCCUGUCUGAUUUUCCUGGCCUUUCUUUCACAACUGCUCCUUCUCCAGCUACUGGAGCAGGCCUCCAUGUUGCUGUGUGCAUCCUUGCUCAUCCUUGUUGCAGGCAGUGGACAAUUUGCAGCUGUACCCAAGCCUGUGAUUUCCCUUCAUCCUCCAUGGACCACAGUCUUCUUCGGAAAGACAGUGCGCCUGACAUGCAAAGGGUUUCACUCCUACGAACCCAAGGAAACAAAAUGGUACCAGAAAUACUACACGGGAAAAGCGGAAGAAACAGAAACUUCAGGCAACACCCUGGAGGUCCAUAAAUCUGGAGAGUUCAGAUGUCAGAUUCCGGGCUCACCUGCGAGUGACCCUGUGCAGUUGUCCUUUUCUAGAGGUCCAUUAAUCUUGCAGGCUCCACAUUCUGUGUUUGAAGGAGACACAUUGCUUCUGAGAUGCCAAACAAAUGGGAAAGAGAAACUAUCUUCUGUGAAAUAUAAGUGGAAUGGAAACCUACUCUAUAACUCUAGCAACAGCAUGGAUUUUUCUAUUCCAAGAGCAAGUUUAAAUAACAGUGGCAAUUAUCAAUGCAUUGGAUCUUAUGGCAAAAAUCAUGUGCUUAAAUCAAAUAAAAAAAUUAUUAAAAUUCAAGAACGAUUUCCACAUCCAAAGCUGAAUGCCACAGCCUUUCAGCCCACGGAGGGGUCUUCUGUCAACCUGAGCUGCGAAACGCACCUUCAUCCAGAGCGACUGGACACUCCCCUUCAUUUCAUCUUCUUCAGAGACAACGGAGUCAUCUUGUCCGGCUGGAACAACUCCUCAGAGCUGCAGAUCCCAAUCCUCUGGAAGGAGGACUCAGGAUUAUAUGGGUGUGGCAUCGAAACCGUGACCCACAGCGUCCGCAAACACAGUCUCCUGCUACACAUCAGCGUGCAGAGGAUCCCUGUAUCUCAAGUCUCCAUGGAGACCCAGCCUCCAGGGGGCCAGGCAGUGGAAGGGGAGACACUGGUCCUUGUCUGCUCCAUGGCAGAAGGCACAGGGUACACCACGUUCUCCUGGCACAGGGAGAACAUGAAGGAGAGUCUGGGGAGGAAAACUGAGCGUUCCCAGAGAGCAGAGCUGGAGAUCCCUGCCAUCAGGGCGAGCCAUGCUGGCGGAUACUACUGCACAGCCGAUAACAGCUACGGCCCCGUCCACAGUGAGGUGGUGACCAUCAAUGUGAGAGAGAUCCCAGGCAACAGAAGUAUCCUCGUGGGCUUGGGAGCUGCUGGAGGCCUCUUCAGCAUUCUUCCCCUGCUGCUUUCCUGCUGGAGCUGGAGGAAAUCAGGGAAUGAUUUUCAGGAAGCAGAAACUAAGUAA